GAGAAGAAGAAGUCAUGAACAAGAAUUGCAACAUUUUCAAAAAAGAGUUAGAUAUCAUAGUUUGAGCCUUUAAAGGAAGAAUCACACUUUGUUUUCCUCUUCCUUCAUUACACUUAUCAAUAUAGAUAUAUAACCAAAAUUAAAUCAAAGCUGUUCUUAAGAUGCUAAGUGAGAUUGCAACAGUAGAGAACAUUCCUGAGUUUAUUGAGGGUGUAAAGAACAGGAAGUGAGAGAUGUCAGGUUUCAGACACCGUGUGUACAAAAACUAUGAUCCGAGAGCAAAAGUGAUAAAGAAAUUGGCGGAGGAAGUAUUUUCCAUUUUUGGUCGGGAUCCCCUUAUUAAGCUUUAUGAUGCUUACCAUUAAUGCAUGAAAUAGAGAGUUGAAUUUUGU